GAAAAAAGAAGAUAGAAUUCGACAGCUGUCAUUGUCAUUAGAGACAAUUUGAUAUUUGAUCGAGCUUGCCUUACUUUAAGUGUUACCUAAUCUUCAAAAAAAUAUUGCAAAAUGUUUGCUGCAUCAGCUACCAGAAUUGCUGUAAGGGUACAACAGCUCCAGCAAAUUAGAAACAUGUCAGCUAUCUCUGGACCACCACAAGUAAAAAUCUCUGCUGCUGAAAAACUUGCUCAUGGUAUUGCCUUGACUGUAGGAAUUGUAACUGUUCCAGCCUGGGUACUAGUCAACAUCAAACACUACAGAGGUGGAGCAGCUGAAUAAGGCAUUUUAAUUAUAGUUGUAGUCAAAUUUUUAUGUACCAAUCUAAUUUAAGAAUAAAUUUAUUGAUGUAGUUU